AAAAAGAAAAAGAGAGAAAGAAAAAAAAACAAAAAACAAAAAACUUCCAUUAUCCAAUAUCUUUCUCUCUCCAAAAAGAAAAUCUCUCUAUCUCCUCAGAUCGUUUGCUGGUUCUCGGGCGUUUUUUCGUCGAGAAAGCAACACUCCAAAAUAAAAUCAUCUGCCAUAAAUUAUUUGUUUCAUAUAUUAUUUUUAAUAUUUGAUUUCUAUUAUACAUUUUUUUGAUUUAAUUUUGUUUGGUGUCAAAUAAAAAAAAACAAAUAGUUUUUUUGAUUGUUUGUAAAUGUUCAUAAGGGUGUAAGGGCCUUGAAACUCAUAAUCCGUUUUUUCUUUUUGAGGGGUUUCUUUUCACCGUCUGGAUUAUUGUCUUCUUCGUAUUUAUAGCAAGACGGCGUGAAAAAUCAGAAGAGAAGGGGCGUUUUUCUUUUCACUUAUUGUGAUUUCGGUUGGAUUUUGUUUUUGGCUAUUUCUUUUUUCUUUCUAUUUUGGAUGGUUGUGGUGUGGUAGAAGGAGAUGAAGACACUUGGUACUUGACUUUGAUGAUUUUGAAGUUGUCUUUUGGGGUUAGAUUUUAUAAUCCCUUUUCUUCGGUUUCACUUAGAAACAGCCUGGUGGGGUGUUAUGAUUAAGACAUAUUUUGAAGAACCAUUGGUGUUUCUCUUGUGGGUUUCUUCGGUUAUUUUCAAAUCUUUCCUUCUGGCGAUGAGGAAUGAUGGUGGCCAAAAGCAGCAGGGUGGUGGCCGGACUAAUGGUUUCAUUCCCAGCUCGUUCCGAGCUAUAUCCAGUUACUUGAGGAUUGUUUCUUCUGGGGCCUCCACCGUUGCCAAAUCUGCGGCGUCUGUGGCCUCCUCAAUUGUGGAUAGGGAUGAUGAUGCUGCCCAUGAUCAGGUAAACUGGGCCGGGUUUGACAAGCUGGAGGGUGAGGGAGAUAACAUUCGUCGAGUCCUCUUGCUGGGAUACAGAUCUGGUUUCCAGGUUUGGGAUGUUGAAGAGGCUGACAAUGUUAGAGACCUAGUUUCUAGACAUGGUGGUCCUGUUUCAUUCAUGCAAAUGUUACGUAAACCAAUUGCAUUGAAGAGAUCUGAAGACAAGUUUGCAGACAGCCGUCCAUUACUGGUAGUUUGUGCUGAUGGGAAUCUUUCUGUUGGAAAUAAUAUGCAGGAUGUAUUACCCACUCCACACAAUUCGAGCAUUCAAAACGGCCAUGAUGCAAGCAAUGGAAGUUUUGUGCCAACUGCUGUAUUCUUUUAUUCCCUAAGGUCUCAAUCUUAUGUUUACAAUAUCAAGUUUAGAUCAGCUGUUUAUUCUGUAAGGUGCAGUUCCCGAGUUGUUGCUAUCACUUUAGCCACUCAGAUACACUGCAUUAAUGCUUCAACUUUGGAGAGGGAAUAUACUAUUCUUACAAAUCCCAUAGUUACAGGGUGCCCAACUCCAGGGGGUAUAGGGUAUGGACCUCUUGCAGUGGGUCCAAGGUGGCUGGCUUACACUGGGUGCCCAGUUGUAUCCUGUAAUGCUGGGCGUGUAAGUCCACAACAUCUGACUCCUUCUGCAAGUUUCCCGUCAAAUGGGAGCAUGGUUGCCCACUAUGCAAAAGAAUCAAGCAAGCAACUUGCAGUGGGAAUUGUGACCCUGGGAGACAUGGGAUAUAAGAAACUGUCCAGGUAUUGCUCCGAGCUCUUGCCUGAUGCCAAUAAUGCUCAUCAGUUGGGCAGUUCAGGCUGGAAAGGCAAUGGAACUGUUAAUGGCCAUUUGACAGAUGCAGAUAAUGUUGGAAUGGUCAUUGUCAAAGACAUUGUUAGUAAAGCUGUUAUCGCUCAAUUCAGAGCACACAAGAGUCCUAUUUCAGCAUUAUGUUUCGAUCCUAGUGGUAUCCUUCUAGUCACGGCUUCAGUUCAGGGCCAUAACAUUAAUGUUUUUAAAAUAAUGCCUGGCCAUGCUGGAAGUUCUUCUGCAUGUGAUACAGCUUCAUCAUAUGUUCAUCUUUACAGGCUGCAACGUGGUUUUACUAAUGCAGUCAUACAGGAUAUUAGCUUCAGUGAUGGCAGCAACUGGAUAAUGAUUAGUUCCUCUAGGGGAACAAACCAUCUCUUUGCCAUAAAUCCUAUGGGAGGAUCAGUAAUUAUCCCUGAUGCUGAUGCUAUUUUUACUGGCAAAAGUAAUGGAUUGGGGGCUGUGAAUAGGUCGCAUAGCAGUUGGCCACUCAAUUCAGGUCUACAAAUGCCUAAUCGGCAGAACCUUGGUCCAUCAGGUGUACCAGUUACUCUCUCUGCUGUAAGUCGAAUAAAAAAUGGACAUAGCUGGAGAGGAACUGUAAGUGGCGCAGCAGCAGCUGCAACAGGUAGGAUGAGUUCUCUCUCUGGGGCUGUAGCUUCAUCUUUCCACAACUGCAAAGGCAAAGCAUUGUACAUGGAUUGUAGCUCCUCAAGGAUGAAACAACACCUGUUGGUUUUUUCUCCUUCUGGUUGCAUGAUACAGUAUGCAUUACGAAUAUCAACUGGUAUAGAUGCAAUGACUGCUGUGUCGGGGUUAAACACUAAUUAUGAAUCAGGUCAAGAGCAUGAUGCAAGAUUACUGGUUGAGGCUAUCCAGAAGUGGAAUAUAUGUCAGAAACAAAAUAGAAGAGAACGGGAAGAUAAUGUUGAUAUUUAUGGCGACAAUGGCAUGGCAGACAGUAAAAAGGUAUACCCUGAGGCAGCUAAGAAAGGAAAUACCAUAUUUCCUGAAGCUGAGGGUCUGGGGACAAAAGGAAAGAUUACUCUUGAAGAAAAACAUCAUUUGUUUAUAUCUGAAGCUGAAUUGCAGAUGCAUGAAGCUCGGAGUCCACUAUGGGCAAAACCCGAGAUAUACUUUCAGUCGUUGGUGAUGGAGGACAUUAACAUGGAUAAAGAAAUUUCUUCCGGUGGAGAAGUUGAGAUAGAAAGAUUUCCCACUCGUACAUUCGAAACCAGAUCAAAAGACUUGGUUCCAGUUUUCGACUACUUCCAGACUAUCAAGUACCAAAAGAUGAGGACUCAUGGUAUAGAUAACAAUACCAAUGGGAGGCACCUAUAUCAAAAGUCUGGGGUGUCUGAAAAUGGCAGUCUUUCUCACAGAAGCAGCUCUGCUUCGCUCGACUCCUUGGCUGACGGUGGUGCUGUAGCGGCAGAUCUUCACAAUGGCAUUGAAGAAACUAGGUGUGAUGGUCUGCAGGCGCCAGUAGCAACUGAGCGCUUUGUAAAUACCAAUGACAUCUCAAAAACGACAACUCAGCUUGAGACUGUAAAUAAUAAAGAGAGCUUAAGAAUGGAGGCUCAACUCAAGUAUGUAAAUAAUAACAUAGAAGGCCUGAAAAUGGAGAAUCAUUUUGAUGACGAUUGCGACGAGGUUGAUUAGAGAUGUGCAGAUAUUCUUUUAUUCUCCGUGAAGGUUAUUAACAGUGUUUCUACUACUAUGGGUGCAUUUUAGAGAAGCCAUAGGAGGCUUGACUGUGUUACGGAAAAUUGUGGAUACUAUGUUCUUGGGUUUUAUCUUCUGUUGCCCUUGUAAAUAAAUGCCACUAAAAAACAUUACCAAUAAUCAUAUAUAACAUGUAAAUAAUAGCAUCAACUUUGCACA